AAUAGAAAAAUACUAUUUUAUCUCCAGGGCUAGGAUGGAAUGAUUUUUAAGAUAUUGGGGCCAAAUUAGAAUAUUAAAAACCUGUUUUUAACCCUCGAAAAUUAUAAAAUUCACAAAAACACCUCACUCACUCCUCCCGUUUACUCGAUCUCUCUCCGGCCGUGAGCAACCUAUAGGCGGCCCAAGUACGGAAACUCCGGCUCUCGGAACUCCCGAAGCCAGUCGUCUAUGUGGGAGCUAGUGUUGAGAGUCGUCUCUUACCCCUCUGUAGUCGCCAUCCACGAAUAGAGCUACUCCGGCUUUGGUGAGAGCAAUGAAUUGAUGGCUGGCAAGGUCUUUUGAAUUGGAGGAAAGAAUUAUGGAGGGAGUAAAGAAGAUAAUAACGGUUAGAGAACGUGAAAUUUGCGUUUUCAAAUUUUAAGUUGUAUUUGAGCAGUUGCAGGGUCAUGGAAUCUUAAGAAUCACGAACUGCUCAAGUUCCAAGCUAAUAGGUAUCCACUGGCCACUAGAAAUGGCUGACUUGGAGAAGGCCUUGGCUGUGACAAGAGGUUUAGGACUUCCUGAUCAAGAGGUGAUACCAUUAUAUCAAAAUCUGUUGAAAGUUUAUAAGGAUAAUUUGGAACUUCUUGAAGACGAAAAUUACCAAGUUCUUGUCGAUGCAUUUUUUGAGCAGAAGGAUGAGAAUAAGGAAGGAGAGGAUAUGAGUAUGGAAUCUGGUAAACCAGCUAAAAGAUUGUUUUUGGCUGGAAAAGAAGAACGUCGUUUUCCUAAAUUGGACCACUCAAGUAAAAAGUCAAUCUCAAAAGAGAGUAAAACACCUUCAACAUCUUCUAGAUUGCAACUUAUUAAACCUUCUAAACCAUGUGCAAGUAAAUCCAAAUGUUGUAUAAUCCCUCCACAACCGAGAAACAAAGUAGAAAACUCGAAUUCUAUUGAACCUUCUAAACCAUGUGCAAGUGAAUCCAAAUAUCGAUUAGUCCCUCCACAACCCAGAAACAAAGUAGAAAACUUGAAUUCUAUUGAGCCUUCUAAACCACGUGCAAGUGAAUCCAAAUAUCAACUAGUCCCUCCACAUCCCAGAAACAAAGUAGAAAACUCGAAUUCAUUUAAUGAUUCUUCUGGAGUUAGAGUUAAAAAGUAUAUUUCUUUGAGUACACCACCUGCAGUAAAAUCAUUUGAUAGGCUAUUGGGUGAACCGAGCUCUCAUGUCUCAAGAGAAAACAAUAAUUUUCAAAAGAAUUUGCUGCCAAAGCCAAGCACUGAGAAACAGUUAGAUGACUCGCCAAUUUCUGCUAGACCUAUUUCGGUGAUCCACCCAGAACUACAGAAUCCGCCUCAUAAAAUUGGUUAUUCAGAAAUAAAUGUUAAAAAACCAAGUAGGUGUGAAAAUGGAGAAACGCAUCCCCUUAUUCAUGAUAAGAGUAAGGUACAAAAAAGGCCUGCUAAACUCCUUCCUGACAUUUCAAAAGGGACUGAAAAAAUGAAAGUUUCACUAUUAGAUGAAGUUGGCAAUGAGAAUUUUCCAAAGUUUAACUAUAUUCCCCAAAGCAUUAUCUAUCAAAAUGCCAAUAUAAAUAUAUCACUGGCUCGCGUUGUGGACGAGGAUUGCUGUUCAAGUUGUUCAGGAAAUUGCCUUUCUUCACCAUUACCGUGUGCCUGUGCUCGUGAAACUGGUGGAGAGUUUGCAUACACACCACAAGGCCUUUUAAAAGAAGAAUUUUUAAGAGCUUGUAUCGAUAUGAAAGAGAAGCCGCAGGAGCACCACUUUGUUUAUUGCACAGACUGCCCUAUUGAGAGGUCUAGGAAUGAAGACAACUUUGAGAAAUGUAAGGGACACCUGGUAAGAAAGUUUAUUAAAGAAUGCUGGAGAAAAUGUGGAUGUGACAUGCACUGCGGAAACAGAGUAGUUCAACGAGGUAUUUCAAGCAGAUUACAGGUGUUCUUUACUCGUGAAGGGAAAGGAUGGGGUGUUCGAUCACUUGAUCCAUUGCCUAAGGGAGCAUUCGUUUGUGAAUACAUUGGGGAAGUGUUAACCAAUAUGGAGCUGUACAAUAGGAAUAAAAAAGGCAGCAACGAUAGGCAUACAUAUCCUGUAACACUGGAUGCAGAUUGGGGCUCCGAGGGGUUUCUAAAAGAUGAGGAGGCACUUUGUUUGGAUGGAACAUAUCAUGGAAACGUUUCCAGAUUUAUCAAUCAUAGAUGUUCUGACCCAAACUUGGUUGACAUUCCGGUGGAAGUGGAGACACCUGAUCGCCAUUAUUAUCAUCUUGCAUUCUUUACCACUAGGAAAGUGGCUGCUUUUGAAGAGCUUACUUGGGAUUAUGGGAUUGACUUCGAUGACAAGUAUCAUCCAAUCAAGGCAUUUCGUUGCUGUUGUGGAAGUCCAAAUUGCAGAGACAGAACACGAAAGAGGAAACAAGUCUAACGUCUACAACAUUUCUAAAGAAAGUAGGGAUAGGAUGCCGGGUAUCUAGAUUUGAUUUUAUGAUCUCAUACCACUUUUUGUAGUAAUCAAAUUUGGUUUUUGGGGAGGAAAAUAGUAGUCAACUAGUUGAUUUUUUUUUCUUUUUUAAAAAAAAAAAAAUCAUGUGCAGGUUUUCAUAAUUCACAAUCCUAUGCUUUUUGAGUCUUCAAGUUCAACCGUGUACUGACCCAAUAUCACUUUUACACUCUGUUUUAGGUUUUGAGCGAAUAUUUUAGAAACGGCAUUCUUUAUUCUAGUGACAAGGUUUUGAAAUCCACUUUUCCAUA